GCAGGGAGGGAGUUUGGUCAUCUGACUCGGUGACCCGGGAACAGACGCUUCUUUUCCUGCAGCCGGGGCAAGAAGGCAGGUGGGAAGACUGCCGGGACAGACCGCGGAGCAGCCAUGCGACGGUCCCCGCACCGAGCCCCCGGGCUGCUACUGGCGCUGCUGGCGCUGGCGGCGCUGGUGGCGCAGGCCCCAGCCCAGCAGAGACCGGCGCUGUGGCCCUUCCCGCGCUCCGUGAAUAUGUCCCCGCAACUGCUGAACAUCGCUGAGGACUACUUCCUCAUCGUCCACGGCCGCAAUUCCACGGCGGGCCCCUCCUGCUCGAUACUGCAGGAGGCCUUUCGGAGAUAUUACAACUACAUUUUUGGUUUCUACAAGAGGCAUCUACGCCCUGCUCGAUUUCAUCCUGGACCACAGUUAGAGCAACUGCAGGUCACAAUCACCCUUGAGCCACAGUGUGAUUCCUUCCCUAACAUGUCUUCCGAUGAGUCCUAUUCUCUACUUGUGCAAGAACCAGUGGCUUACCUCAAGGCCAACAGAGUGUGGGGAGCAUUACGAGGUUUAGAGACGUUUAGCCAGUUAGUUUACCAAGACCGUUACGGAGCUCUCACCAUCAACGAAUCCACUAUUAUUGACGAUCCAAGGUUUGCCCACAGAGGAAUUUUAAUUGAUACAUCCAGGCACUACCUGCCCAUGAAGACAAUUUUAAAAACUCUGGAUGCCAUGGCUUUUAACAAGUUCAAUGUUCUUCACUGGCACAUAGUGGACGACCAGUCUUUCCCGUACCAGAGUACCACUUUUCCUCAGCUAAGCGACAAAGGGAGCUAUUCUUUGCGUCAUGUCUAUACACCAAGUGAUGUCGAUACGGUGCUUGAAUAUGCCCGCUUCCGAGGGAUUCGAGUUAUACCAGAAUUUGAUACCCCUGGACAUACACAGUCUUGGGGAAAAGGUCAGAAAGGCCUCCUAACUCCAUGUUACAGCCAGAGGAAGCAAACGCAAAGGGUUGGACCUAUAAACCCAACUCUAAAUGAAACCUAUAGAUUCCUUACCACAUUCUUCAAAGAGAUCAGCAGUGUGUUUCCAGAUCAGUUCAUUCAUUUGGGAGGAGAUGAAGUGGAUUUUGAGUGUUGGGCAUCAAAUCCAAACAUCCAAAAUUUCAUGAAGAAAAAAGGUUUUGGCAAGGAUUUUACAAGACUGGAAUCUUUUUAUAUUAAAAAGAUUUUGGACAUUAUUACAUCCUUAAAGAAGGGCUCCAUUGUUUGGCAAGAGGUUUUUGAUGACAACGUGGAGCUUCAGCCGGACACAGUGGUUGAAGUGUGGAAGAGUGAAAAUUACUUAGAGGAGCUGAAACAAGUCACCUCCUCCGGCUUCCAGGCAAUCCUUGCUGCUCCCUGGUACUUAGACGUCAUUAGCUAUGGGCAGGACUGGAGACAGUACUACACAGUGGAGCCUCUUCAUUUUGAAGGUUCUGAGAAGGAGAAACAACUAGUCAUUGGUGGAGAAGCUUGCCUGUGGGGAGAAUUUGUGGAUGCAACUAACCUCAUUCCAAGAUUAUGGCCUCGGGCAAGCGCUGUUGGUGAGCGGCUCUGGAGUCCUCAAGCUGUCACUGACCUACAAGAUGCCUACAACAGACUGACGAUCCACCGGUGCAGAAUGGUCAGCCGUGGAAUAGCCGCACAACCUCUCUUUACUGGACACUGUAGCCUUGAGUACAGAAUGGAAACGUGAACAGAAGUCUACAGCAGUCUGAGCUAGAAUCAUGUUGAUUGUGAAAUCAUGUAAAAUUAAUAUUUGUUAGGUAUUUUUUAAUAAACCAUCUUUUUAUUGAUUGAA